AUGGCACCCUCAGCCAUAGAAAUAACUCAUCCACUGGAUAUUACUUCUUCGGACACCAGCAAAAUCGGUGUGCCGCCAGGGCUUAGAUUAGCUGCGCCAGAAGCGCUCGACUUACGCUCCGAUGACGAGAUUGCAGCAUGGCUCCAGAAACGCCAUGCCAUCACGUCGGACAGGAAUAUUUGGGCAUUCUGGCACUCUGGAUACAGCCGGAUGCCCCCCUGGACCCAGCGGAACAUCAUCAAUUGGGUGCGCAAGCUAGGUCCACGUUGGACCGUUCACCUCCUUGACCGAGUGUCUGGAUCUGAAACCAACGUCGGCAACUUCGUCGACAGCUCCUUCUUCCCCGAUACGUUCAACAGCAAUACGAUGGAUGGGCCAUCGGUUGGUCAGCACUCGGGGGAUCUCGUCCGACUGCCUCUGCUGUGGCUUUAUGGAGGCAUCUGGAUCGACGUGGGCACGUUUCUCUUUCGCCACGUCGAGGAUAUCUGCUGGAAGCUGAUCGAAGACCCGGAGUCGCCGUACGAGAUGGCUGGCUUUGCGAUGGAGAUGCGACCAGGGGUCGAGAUCAUGACCAACGGGUUCAUCGCGACUAAGCGUGGGAAUACGGCCAUCCGGCGCUGGCACGAGAUAUUCAAGUCCCUCUGGAACGGGGUUACCAAUUGCCACGGCUUUCACCAAAACCCGUUGCUCAAGCAUUUGCCACUCUUAAGUCCGCCGUUCUCGAGGCUGAAUAUGGCGGGCCUCAAUAUCCCGAUGGAGAUCUUUACCGACUAUCUGUCACAGUGCAUGUGUUUUGAGAGACUGCGCAGGCUCGUAGAUCCAUCGGACGGCUUUAACGGUCCGGAGUACUAUUCAAACAAGUUACUCCUGUACUCGGGGCUUCAGGAGACGUAUUACUUUCAGCAAGCAACCGAAUGGUCCGGUACGAAACAGUUCGACCUGCUGACCAUGAAACGCACUGGCGAGGGAGUUGUGCGAGAUGAAAAGUGGCACGCCGCUGAGAUCUUCGUCAAUGAUGCCCUCGCCAACACGUCGACUAUGAAACUAUCGCACGGCCCCCCUGGGGCUUUGGACUGUUUUCUUGCGGACAUGUGGGACUCGGAGGAGCUCCAGGGCAAGGACUGCGAAGAGGGGACGUUUGGCGAGUACUUAAGGUAUGGGAGUGUGCACUUUGAUCAGAUGAGGCAGAUGACUCCGAUCAAGAUUGGUUGACCUGAUGAAGAGGUUCUGUACGCUGGCGUUCUCCAGCCGAAGGACGUGGUAGAGCAGGUAUAGCGUAGGGUUGAGAGAGA